GGGGCUCGUGUCCUUGUCGCGUCCUCAGCUGCUCUGCCCGUCUCUGCUGCUUCUGGCCCUUUCUCUCUCCCACUGCCUCCUCUCUGUGGGCAACAGGUUCAAGUCUCAAGUGCCCACUCCAGGACUUGAGCAUACAGAUCUAUUACUGAAGGAGUGCAGCAGUGUUGAAGAACAUCACCAUGUCCAUCUUGAAGAUUCAUGCCCGUGAGAUAUUUGAUUCGCGUGGUAACCCCACUAUAGAGGUGGACUUGUAUACUGGAAAAGGUCUGUUCAGAGCAUCAGUCCCCAGUGGUGCAUCCACCGGCAUUUAUGAAGCACUGGAACUUCGAGAUGGUGACAAGACGCGAUUUUUGGGAAAAGGAGUUACAACAGCUGUUGAUAACAUCAAUACAUUAAUAGCACCUGAGCUGAUUAAGCAGCAUGUAAACGUUAUCGAACAGGAGAAAAUUGACAAGCUGAUGCUGGCAAUGGAUGGCACUGAGAACAAAUCUAAAUAUGGGGCCAACGCUAUUCUUGGUGUUUCGCUGGCUGUGUGUAAAGCUGGAGCUGCAGAGAAAGGAGUGCCUCUUUAUCGUCACAUUUCCCAUCUUGCGGGCCACACACAGGUCAUCCUGCCUGUUCCAGCCUUCAAUGUGAUAAAUGGCGGAUCUCAUGCUGGUAACAAGUUGGCCAUGCAGGAGUUCAUGAUCCUGCCAAUUGGUGCUGCCAACUUCAGGGAGGCAAUGCGCAUUGGCGCUGAGGUGUACCACAACUUGAAGAAUGUCAUCAAGGACAAGUAUGGGAGGGAUGCAAUCAAUGUUGGUGAUGAGGGUGGAUUUGCACCCAACAUCUUGGAAAACAAGGAAGCUUUAGAACUGCUGAAACUCGCCAUCGGGAAAGCUGGGUAUUCCGACAAGGUUGUGAUUGGAAUGGAUAUUGCAGCCUCUGAGUUCUUCCGUGAUGGGAAAUAUGACUUGGAUUUCAAAUCCCCACCUAAUCCCAACCGUUACGUCACCCAUGACAAGCUGAUUGAACUUUACAUGAGUUUCAUAAAGAAUUACCCUGUUGUCUCUAUCGAGGAUCCCUUUGACCAAGAUGAUUGGGCAGCCUGGAAACAAUUUACAGCUCAAACAACAAUCCAAGUGGUUGGUGAUGACUUACUUGUGACAAACCCCACUCGCAUUGCAAAAGCAGUUUCAGAGAAAGCCUGCAAUUGCCUGCUGCUCAAAGUGAACCAGAUUGGCACAGUCACAGAGUCCAUUGAAGCUUGUAAGCUGGCCCAGUCAAAUGGAUGGGGAGUAAUGGUGAGCCAUCGUUCGGGUGAGACUGAAGACACUUUCAUUGCUGACCUGGUUGUUGGUCUUUGCACUGGACAGAUUAAAACUGGAGCUCCUUGCAGGUCAGAACGCCUGGCUAAAUACAACCAGUUAAUGAGAAUUGAAGAGGAACUUGGGCAGAUGGCUUGCUUUGCUGGCAGAAGUUUCCAGAACCCUCUUGCCAAAUAAACCAGGCAGCAUGUUUUCUGUCAACAAUCCAGUGUUUAGAGCAGCUUUCACUUUGUUCCUCCUGUACCAGCAGAAUUGACAUUUGUUUUUGUACUGUCACUGUUGCAGAAUUACUGUUCUAGGAGAGGAAAGGGAAAUGUGUCAAGUUUUUUGAUGUGUUCUUUAGAAGAAAAAAAAAAUGCAAGGCUUAAACCAUCAUGUACAUUUGCUGUGCUUAACACAAAAGGCUGCCAGAUGUUGAGAUCUAAGUGUCUCCAGGCUGUGUUAAAUAUAAAUGAAUUAAAUGUUCCUGCUCUUGUGAUAUUGCAUUUGUUAGGUUAAGAAUCUCUGUGAUCGUGUUUUCAGAAUGCUUUUCUAAUCGAGCUUGAACUUAUCAUCACCAUCUCCCUUGUAGUUGGCCCAGUGUCUGGUACAGCACAAGGAUUGCUCUUGGUUCGGUCAGUGACCCAGGUUGAAUCAGCUGAUCUCAAAUUUUGUCCCCACUCGCUCCGUGAUGACCUGGGCAUGCAGCUUGUUGGCCUUCGCAUCAGCCAGGCUUGGCUCUGAUGUCCUUCAUAGUUGAUCAUCCUGCCACCACAGACUGUCUGUCUAGGUUUUGUGUAAGAUACCAGAAACUGGGGUCUGAAGUACACGGAGGCUGAGAAGAACCCCAGCGGUCAGCUUGCCAGUUUCUUGGCACCUCUGAGUCAUUUUUUGCAUUUGCAACAUUCGGGUGUGGCACCCGAUACCCACCUGCAAGUGACAGGGAGCUGGUCAGGCUUUUAGCGUAGAAUACCAAUGGCACAUAGGCCAUUCUGUCCAUCAUGUCUGCUCCCACCUCUCUCUUAUGAGCAGUGUGAUUUAAUACAAUUCUCCUGUGUUUUCCCCAUAUCCACAUACAUUGCUUCUAUUGAAAUAUACAUCUAAUGCUCUCUUGCAUGCCUCAAUUGAUUCUGCUUCCACCACACUGCCAGCCAGUGCAUUCCAGGCCCGAACCAUUCAUUCUGUGAGAGUUUUUAUUUCUCAAUCACAUUUGCAAAUCACUUUAACUUUGCACCCUCUUGUAUUCAAUCUUUUUAUGAGCAGGAACUGUUUCUCCUGGUCUCCUUUAUCCAAUCCUUUCAUGAUUUUGAAAACUUCUAUCAGAUAUCCUCUAAGCUACCUUCUCAUCAAGGAGAGCAGUCCAAAUCUCUCCUCAUAAUUAAAAUUUCUUACCCCAGAAUCAUUUCCUCUUCUGCACUCUUGUCGAAAGCAUUCACAUCUUCCUAUAGUCUGAUACCCAGAGCUGUACAAAAUUCUCCAUCUGAGAUCUAACAAGUGCCUUGUAUAAGUUCAAUAUAAUAUCCUUGCUGUUGUACUUUAGGUCCCUAUUAAUAAAGCAUUCAGUAUUCAGGGCUUUAUUCUCCAAUUGUCCUGCCACCUUCACUGAUGUAUUCCUCUGCUCCUGCACCCUCUGAAGUAUUGUACAACUUAUUUUAUAUCAUCAUCAUGUUCUUCUUAUCAAAAUGCAUCACCUCACUAUUGAAGAUUGGUUAACACACAGAACACAGAGUCAGGAUUAAUGAGUCUUUUUCAGAUUGGAAAGAUGUAACUAGUGGAGUGACACAAGGAUCACCCCAGUCAACAUGGUCAAACCAAAGUUCGAUAGUGAUUUAGUAUAACUUCACGACAUUUCAGUUCUACGCCAGUGGAAAUAAAAUCUUUGCUUUUUUUUACGACUUUGCUAACCUGUGGUGCAAUUUAUGGUGACUUGGAAUAUUUUUAAGCUGAGAUCACACUGUUCCUCAAUGCCACCUAGACUUGCAUCUUCCAUGCAUGAAGUAACCCUCUCUCUUCUUCCGGCCAAAAUAUACUCCUCCACUUUACAUUUGUUGAACUUUGGCCCAUUCUGCUCAAUCUCCCCACCUGUGAGAGCCCUCCCAUCCCAGGAACCAAACUGGUAGACCAUAUUGUGCUUCAUCUAAGAGUUAUUAUGUAUCUUCUCAGAGUAAGGAGACUAAACAGCCAUCGCUGUUCCCUCCCUGUCCGCAAUGAUCUGAAGUUAUAUAGUGACAGCUAAUUCACUUAGUAUUUGAAACAUUAAGUGAACAUUCACACACAGGUACAGGUAGUCCCCAGGUUGCGACCAGGUUGUUUCUCGAGCCUGUUCGCAAGUCGAUUUGUACGCAAGUCAGAACACAAUGCAGGAGCCAUUCAUAAGUACAGGAAAUGUUAAUAUGUCACAUCUUUAAAAUGACACCCCUGUAUGAGAUCAUGUUUGUAAAUCCAAGUGUUCAUAUAUCAGGGACCCGUGAUGUUGAAGGAUACACUUUGCCAAACAUUUAUUCCCAUUAUGAAAGCAUUAGGUGAUGAGUUCCCUCCAGUGGCUGUUAACAAUAUUGCAACAUGUUGAAAAUGGUAAAACAAGUCAACUCAUGAUUCACAAUUAUUGUGUUCAAUGGUUCAUUUUAGUCCAAUCUUACAAUGAUUACAUGGAAAAAAGACAAGUGAUAUAUUAUCUGAUGACACUUAACAAUCUAGAUGAAUUAAACGGUAUAAAACUGGAAGAGUGUCAGAGGUAUUGUAAGAAAUAGCUCAACAUUGAGGAGCUGUGGACAAUCCUUUCAACCUUUUACUUGCAAUUGCAUUCUAUGAGUAAUGAUGUUCACAUCAUCUCAGAUGAGUAUAUAAGUUGGAGUUUAUUGAAACUCAUUCUUCCAGAGAAUCAGUUGAGUUAGAACAUUGAAUGUUUAUGAAGACUUUCAGUUUGGUAGGUUAAUAUAGUUCUAAAUUUUAGCAGUCCAUUAUCAAUCACAAAGUUGUCAUUGCUUUAAUCUACAAAGGAUGAGCAAAAACAAAAUCAGUUUGCAAUUUUUCUAAUGAAGGGAGCACUUAAAUCUCACUAACAAUUUUCUGAGCUUGUAAGGAGGCCAUUUGACCUAUCAUGCCUUUACCCACUCUCUGAAAAUGCUACCAAUUAAUCCCAAUCCCUUCUUUACAUCCCCACAAAUGUUUUCCCUUUAAAACAGAGAUCAGUUCGCUUAUUAAAAUAAAUGUUGAGUCUGGUCCAUCACAACCUGAAGGAUUUGACUUAAUUUAACAGCUUGUAAACCAACCAGCUCUCAGUUUUUGGUACAUUCACACCAAACCGUUCAUUCUCCUUUCUGGAGAUAAUGGUUAUUGAUAUUAUCAUGUGGUAUUUUAGGGUGACUAUUAGCUUGAUUUCUUCUGUUCCCAUUCAAGGAUACUGAGCCCCUUUUUAAUCCCUGAAGCUAUCCCAGCUAAUUGCGAUUAACUUGUCAUGGACCAGGGACAAAUCCUGAGUUCUUUCUGACAUCAAAGUGAUAGUCAUCGAGUUAUACAACACAGGAACAGACCCUUCAGUCCAACCUAUUCCCACCAACCAGAUAUCCUAAACUGAUCUAGUCCCAUUUUCCAGCAUGUGGUCCAUAUUCCUUCAAACCCUUCCUAUUCCUGUACCCAUCCAGAUGCCUUUAAAUGUUGUAAUUGUACCCACCUCUACCGAUUCCUCUGGCAGCUUGCUGUAUGCAUGCACCACCCCCUGUGUGAAAAAGUUACCCCUCCAGUCCCUUUCAAAUCUUUUCCCUCUCACCUUAUACCUAUGCCCUGUAGGUUUGGACUCCCCUACCCUGGGAAAGAGAUCUUGGCUAUUCACCCUAUCCAUGCCCCUCAUGAUUUUAUGAACUUCUGUAAGGUCACCCCUCAACCUCCAACACUCCAGGGAAAGAAAGCCCCACCUGUUCAAGAACAAAAACAGAAGUUGCUGGAAAAACUCAGCAGGUCUAGCAGCAUCUGUAAAGAAAAAAGUCAGAGUUAAUGUUUCAGGCCCUGUGACCCUUCCUCAAAACAGGCUUAUUCAACCUCUCCCUGUAGCUCAAAUCCUCCAAUCCAGGCCACAUCCUUCUAAAUCUUUUCUGAACCCAUUCCAGUUCAACAAUAUCUGUCCUAUAGCAUGACCUCCCAACUGCUUUACUCAGUGCACUGACCGAUGAAGGCAAGCAUGCCAAACACCUUCUCCACCACAACAUCUAACUGCAACUCCACUUUCAAGGAAAUAUGAAUCUGCACUACAAGAUCUCUUUGUUCAGCAAGACUCCCCAGGACAUUACCAUUGAGUGUAUAAGCCCUGCCCUGAUUUACCUUAACAAAAUGCAACACCUCACAUUUAUCUAAAUUAAACUCCAUCUGCCACUCCUGAUGAAGGUCCUGUUGUACUCUGAGAUAACCUUCUUCACUGUCCACAUCACCACCAAUUUUGGUGUCAUCUGUAAAUUUACUAAACUUACCUCCUAUAUACACAUCCAGGUCAUUUAUAUAAAUGGCAAGAAGCAGUGGACCCAGCACUGAUCCUUGCAGCACACCAUUGGUCACAGGCCUCCAGUCUGAAAAGCAACCCUCCACCACCACCCUCUGUCUUUGAGCCUACCUUUGAGCCAGUUUUGUAUCCAAAUGGCUAGAUCUCCCCGUAUUCCAUGUGAUCUAACCUUGCUUGACCUAACUAGUCUACCAUGAGGAACCUUGUCAAACACGUUACUGAAGUCCAUAUAGAUUACAUCCAUUGCUCUGCCCUCAUCAAUCCUCUUCGGUACUUCUUCAGAAAGCUCAGCCAAGUUAUUUAGAUUUGAUUAAAACUGGAAGAACUGUGGAUGCUGUAAAUCAGGAACAAAAACAGAAGUUGCUGGUAAAGCUCAGCAGGUCUGGCAGCAUCUGUGAAGAAAAAUCAGAGUUAACAUUUCGGUUAUGGUGACGUCUGUUCUGCGGAAGGGUCACCGGACCCGAAAUGUUAACUCUGUUUUUCCCUUCAGGGAUACUGCCCGACCUGCUGAGCUUUUCCAGCAACUUUGUUUGUGUAUUGAGAUAUGAUUUCCCAUGCACAAAGCCACGUUGAUCAUCCCUAAUCAGUCCUUGCCUUUCCAAAUACAUGUAAAACCUGUCCCUCAGGAUUCCCUCCAACAACUUGCCCACAACUGAUGUCAGGCUCACCAGUCUAUAGCUCCCUGGCUUUUCCUUACCACCUUUCUUAAAUAACAGCACCAAAUUAGCCAACCUCCAGUCUUCUGGCACCUCACCCGUGGCUAUUGAUGAUACAAAUAUCUCAGUAAGGGGUCCAACCCCAUCUCUUCAUGAGCUUCCCACAGAGUUCUGCGAUACACCUGGAGAUUUAAUGUGGAGUUCCUCCUCAACUGCAGUUGUUUCUCUUCUCCAUUUUCCACUUCCUUACUUCUCCCUGAUUUUAGCUGCCUAGACCUUGUUCUUUGGAAUUCCCUUCUGGGAAAAAAAUAAUAUUUUCUGCUCCUUUUAUAAUACAUCUUAAAACCUACUAGAAUCCUUACAGUGUGGAAGUAGGUUAUUUGGCCCAUCAAGUCCACACCAACCCUCUGAAGAGCAUCCCACCCAGACCCACCCCAUCCCUGUAUUUACCAUGGCUAAUCGACAUAGCCUGCAUAUCCCUGGACACUAUGGGCAAUAUAGCUAAUCCACCUAACCUGCACAUCUUUUGGACUAUGGGAGGAAACUCGCGCAGGCACAAGGAGAACGUGCAAACUCCACACAGACAGUCGCCCAAGGGUGGAAUCAAACCCAGGUCCCUGGCACUGUGAGAUAGCAGUGCUAAAAAAUUGAGCCACCAUGCCACUCACUACUCGGAAGAGUGUAGCUAUCCUGUUUAAUACUUUGCCUGUUUGCGUCAGAGCUAUUUUCUUCACACUUCAGCAAUACCUUGAGAGAUAUCCCUAUAUUUAAGAAGUUUUAUAACAGCAUUAGUAUUUCCAUGGGGCCUUUUAAUGUAAUAAACAGAUUAGUCGCUUCAUAGGGGUGCUGUAAGGCAAUUUUGAUUUAGAGACGUAAAUGGCAAUAUUAAGACAGAUAGCUUGAAAGGACCAUAUUCUUAAAAGUAGACAGAGUUUAGGGAAGGAAUUCCAAAGCUUGGGAGCAGCCAUAGGCAUUUCACCAACGACAGAUAUAUUAAAGUUGAUGCUAAAAAGAGGAGUGCAGAUAUCUCUAGGGUAGUGGGGCUGGUGGAGAUUCCAGUGAGAGGGGCCCACGAAAGGCCACAGAGAGGCCUGAAAACAAGAAUGACAAUUUUAAAAUGCAAAUGUGGCUUAAACUGGUGCUAGUGCAGCUCAGUGUCAAAAAUGUAAGUUGUUUCAUCUAUCAGAGGGUAGCUAAUUUGACGUUCUGAUUUCUAAGCCAAACAGGAGUUUGGCAAAGGAAAUGAUGCGGUGUUCUGCUGUUUUGACUCUUCUAUGCAAUAACUUUAACUGAAUGACCCUUAACGUGUCUGUCUCAAAACAUGCCAAAGUGUAGAAUAACCAACUGAGCCUGCAUACAGCUCCAAGUCACUUGUUUUGUUCACUUCUCAAAGUGAAAUAAUAACUCUUUGACUGACGCUUCCUGUGUUUACUGAAACGAAGGUCAGGCUUAAAUGUCCAGAAAAUACUUUUAAACAAGGUGUUUCUGUUUGCUAAAUACUGAAAUGUUAGAUUCCACCCAUUCCAAAACUGCUUAAUUGGUGCUGUAAUACUAAUCAUAGUGACUGACCGACUUAGUCUGUUGACAUUUUACAAUAAAGAUCAUUGUGAACUGG